AUGUCACCAACCCGGUUUGAGCAUUUGUUGUCACUGAUUGCUCCAAUUAUUACGAAAUGUUCAUUGCGCGGGGAGGCAAUUAGUCCGUCUGAAAUACUUUGUUUAACAUUACGCUAUCUAGUGACUGGUGAUUCUCAAGUAUCCAUUACAUGUAGUUACCGCGUAAGUCCAGAAACCUGCGAAGCUCUUUGGACGAUGUUAUUGAGAGAAGGCUACUUGAAAUGUCCUACAACGAGUGCAAUUGAUGGUAAACACGUUAUGAUGCGAGCACCUGCAUCAUCUGGCUCUACCUUUUUUAAUUAUAAAAAAGCAUCCGAGCAUAUUUCUGUUAGCUGUAUGUAA